UCAAUGAGACAUCGCAGUUCCUUGUUUGACAUUAGAAACUUUACACUGAUUCCGAUUUAUACUUCUAAUAACUGUCUCCCUCUCCCAUACACUCUCUCAGUCUCAAUUCAAUGCUCUCUGCUCGUGCUCCAAAACAUGAUAUCAUGCUCCAAAAUAUCAAAGCAACAAGUGGCCCAAGCCACCUGUGACUGAAUCAUACGCACUUUUUUUUUCGAGUUUACGACCAUUUACGACUAAAAAAAUGUUAACGUCAGCAAUUUUGAAGUAACAAGACGUUAAAGUGAAAGUAGUUAGAACGAAUGCUACGAAAAGUUCGCAAAAAGACCACCUGUUCCGUUAAUAAACAAAAGAAAAUUCGGGAAAGGAAAUUGGAGGACAGUAUUUAAUGGAAAAUGUAACGAAAUCCUGUCUUCAUAAAAAUGAUCAUAGUAGCCCCGGAAUCCUUGGAAUGAUGAUCGUUUUGAUCUUAAAAGUCUUUUAAUAAUUCUAAAAAAAAAAAAGAGUAAAAUGCCGAUAAAAGAGAAACUCGUCUUCCUAAUCGGAUUUGGAAUCGGCUUCAGUUUCGCUCUUUUUUUGUAUCUGAUGCAGUAUCCCAUCAUUGAAUCUCCAAUCUGUGAUGAAAAUUUCUUAAUAUUAUGGGGCAACCAGAACCAAAACGCCAGGAAAAACCUUGAAAAACAGCUUGACCCAUCGGGCGAAAAUAUAAAAUUUGGAAAUUGGUUGAAAGAAGUCUCAGAGACCAAGUUGGAGGACAACUCCUACGAAAAAUGGCUAAAUAAUCAAAACGUGCGAAGCUCAGCAGUGGAUUUGGAUUCUUAUGCGUAUGGAUCGGAAGAUAAAUUAUUGGAAUCGGAAUAUUUGAGGGAGAAAGUAAAAAUUACUUGUGUCGUGUUUGUUGAUAAAUUAAAACUCGCCAAGGCCGCCGCAGAAACUUGGGGAAGUCGUUGCAACAAACUCUAUUUUUUCGGGCAACAUUUAGAAGAUUCCUCGUUACCUGUGAUAAAAUUUAAUAUAAAACUUACGUCUUCCUGGCAGCUCUUGUGCGAGUCUAUGAAUUACAUUUGGAAAGACUCGGGAUUAAAUGAAACUGAGUCUAAAGAUCGUUUGGAGUGGACGAUUUUUGUUAAGGAUGAUACUAUUGUGCUUCCGGAAAAUCUGCGAUAUAUUCUUGCUCCCCUGAAUCACGAGGAAGAUCAUUAUCUUGGCCAUGCUAUUACUUUGUGGGGUCAGGCCUACAACGUGGCUGAAGCUGGAUAUGUGCUGAGCAAAUCAGCUCUUCGCAGAGUUGUCAAGAUGUUUGAUAACGCUGAUAAGUGUGCUUCUGGUGGAAAGUAUUGGAAGAAAGAAGAUUUCUACCUCGGUAAGCAUUUAUCUUCGAUGGGAAUAUAUCCGUCCGACACAAGAGACAGUUAUCGGAGAGGAACUUUUCACGGUUAUUCUUUGCAAACGCUUUUUUGGGGAGUUGCAAGACCCGGUCAAUAUUGGACAAAAGCUCUUUAUCCACCAGGACCCGAUUGUUGCUCCACCAGAUCUGCGACAUUUAGUGCCGUCGAUUCUGGUAAAAUGUACACAUUAAAUUACAUCCUUUACCAUCUGAAAGUAUUCACGAGGCCAGGAAAUUAUGGUACGAAGCCUGCUCCAACAUCAGUACCUGAUGAAGAGGUCUGGAAAAUUGCUUUGAAGGAAGAAUUCGGCAUCGACAACAUGACUGAGAUCUCAAGUGAUCGAUAUUAUCAGAUUUGGAGGUCGAAAUAUUCAGAACCAGAGACGUUUAUAAAAAAAACUUACAUACAAUCGGCUGACUUCUUCAACUCUUUACUAACGUCACAAGAGUCGCAGAAAAAACCCGUAAGAAGUCUUACAGUGGAAUAGAAAGUAUUUUUUUAGGCUCGCCGAAUUUCGUUGAGUCCAAAAACGGCCUUAUCAAUAGGGCCAUAUAUUCUGAUUUCAUAAUUUAUUUAAUGUAUUCAAAGAAAAUAAAGCACGGGAUUAUUUCUCUGUAUAUUUUUGAAUCGCAGGAAUUAGAGAUUGAGAUAUAUUAGAUAUAUUUUAGAGACCAGAGAUCUUUAGAGAAAGAGACAUCACAAGAAUCACAAAUUAGAAUAAUUCUUAGAUUAUAAUAGAUGGAGUGAAUUCCUCUAUGAAUUUUAUAAUCUCAAUAAUUCGUAAUUUGAGCCAUUUUUUGCAGCUUUUUUUAGAUAUGAGGAAAUUUUUGUGAUAAAAUGUUACUUUUGAUAUUGACAUCACACUUUUUUUCGUAAGUCUGUAUUAUGUAGAGUAUGCAUUUAUAAUUUUUAUUCAUAUACUUAUGGUUGUGCAACAGAAAAGAAUUUUCUUUUUCUGCGAGAAAGAGAUCUAAUAUGCGUAGUAUUGAAGUAAAGACAAUAAAAUACAGUACAAAUAAUGAAUCACAAAUAAUAAUUGAUGUAAUGACAUUAAUUUGUACGAAAUUUUACAAUACGUAGAUAUUAAGGUAAAGAUAAUAUUAGAAUGUAAAAAGUUUGUUAUCGCUUUUAUACGAGCGUUUAAUGAAAUCGAUUUGAAUCGUUAAAGUAAUAAAAAAUUUAAAAUC